CGCAGCUCACACACGCACUUCACUUCGACGCACACGCACACCGUCUGCGAAAGCUCACCACCUGCCGCCACGCGCCCGAGUGUGUAUGUCGCUAUUGGACCUCAUCUGAGCUGCCAGCAACACCGCAGCCAGGAUUUGGCUAUGACAUCAGCCCUGCCCUCCAUCGGCGAGCCGUCGCUGAACACCGACCGCGUGUCUUCGCCCAUGUCGUCGCCCGAGUCGAGCGCCGCCGUCAGCGAGGACGACACCAUAUCCGCUGCCCGAAUAGGCCGACCCAAGAUCGGGAGUCGUAAAAGUAGUGGCACCAUGAUCGUAUCACGGGAGUCUGCAACCACAGUCGUCGAGCCCGACUUCGACGAGAACGAUGUGCGCACCAUGUCGCCACGGCGGAAUAGCGAAGAGGUCGACAAGCUGAGCGAGGAAGCGCGCAAAGAUCUUAUCGAGCAGGCCAAGCUGCUGCAAAUGAGUUUGCAGGCCAUCGUGGAUCGUGUGGAGGCGGUCAAGAGCGAACAUGAAAAGCUCGAAGGAGGAAACAAAUUCCUGCAAUCAUACAUCGGCGAGCUCAUGCAAACAUCCAAAAUCACAUCAUCGGCGCCCCCGAAGUCCAAAAAGGGCAAAGGACGGGCGUGAGCAUCAUCGCAUUGCAUUGUAACAACAUCUAUCUCUAGCUGCACCGGAGUUCGCAGCAUUCAGCAUAGCGUGGAACGUCGAUUCGACGACAUCGGAAAGGGAAAUUGCAUCACAAUCGCUUAAUCGGCGGUUACAUCGACGGCGCAUGAGGCGUUUUACACGUCGGAGCACUCAAGUGCAUCACCACAACACCAUCUCAGCAGAUUGGCGCAUCUUACUCACCGAGCGCACUAUUUAAGCUGGAAUGUACACCAGCACACUCUGCCCCGCCGGACACUACUGCAGCUGCACGGCAAUGAAGCGUUCAAGCGCCAAAUAUUUCUGCCGAAGGAUCGA